GUUCCACAGGACAUAACUUAGGCCGAUCUUCAGACUGUAAUGAUGGAAGGGGAGAAACCCAAGCCCAAAUGGAGUACAGUAAACAUGAACCUUCUCCCUGUCAAAGCAUUCUUCUUUCUUAGCUUAGCAGGUGUUGGAGUACUGCUGCCGUUCAUUGCCCUGUACAUGAAACAGAUUGGCCUAACAGAGUCUGAGACGGGAGUUAUAUAUGGUAUCAUGCCCUUUAUAGGAUUCUUCACUCGGCCAAUCUUUGGUUACAUUUCAGACCGUUGGAAAAAACACAAGUUAUCUUUGAUGAUAUGUUGUAUCCUGACUGGCAUUUUUUAUUUGCUCCUGCUCUUUGUGCCUCAAAGUCAAUCAACAUACAUAGAUAUAAGGACCAACAUACACUGCGGUCAGUACAACUCCUAUAUACAUGAUUGUAACCAUAUCAACAUGACAAAUUCUCUCACCUGUCCUCUCACCUUUAAUUCAUAUGCUGCUCUAUCAAAAAAAACGGUUGAAAAUUCGAGUAUUGUAAGUCUACAAAAUGACAGUGAUACAACUUCGUACUUACCUAUAGUUGACGAGAAUCAUUCAGAUUCAUCGUGCAGCAUAUCUUGUCAUUAUAAAGAGGGAAACAAAUUUCAAACUAAGAUUUGUUUUACAAACGAAGUUGAUGUAAACAAGCACUGCUUUGAUAUUUCGGUCAAUGUGAACAAAGAACCUGAUUUCAGAUUCAGUGUUGAAAACAUCUUCAACAUCAUUAAACGAGAAGUUCUUCAAGACGAACAGAGAGUUGGGGACCUUGUUUGUCGAGACUUUGACAUCAAGUCCAUCACAUUUCGUGAGAAAUCCUACUGGCAGAUGUUAUGUGACAGAGACACUGAAAUGAACUGUUCCAUGAAGUGUUACAAGUCCAGAAACAAGGCCUGUGAGGUCAGUGAGGCACAGAAUGUCAAUCAAACUGUUGCAUUUUUCUUUGUUUUUUUCCUGCUUGGAAAUAUUUUCUUUGCUCCCAUUUUAAGUUUAGGCGAUGCCAUGACUUAUGACAUUCUAGGAGAACGUAGGAAUGUGUACGGGAAACAGAGACUCUGGGGAACUGUAGGAUUUGCCUUGUUCAGUGUUACCUCAACAUUUCUAAUGGAAUUCCUGAGUGAUGAUCCAGCUAAGGCUAACUUUACUGCCUCAUUCUUCCUGUUUCUAGUGUUAUUUGUACUCACAGCUGUCAGUGUCUUUAAGAUUUCUGCAUCUGAAGACAUUGUUAGCAGCAGUAAUUUCAGGGAUGUAUGUAAGCUGUUCCAUUACUCUAAGGUUGUAGUGUUUUUGCUGGUGGUGCUGUACUUUGGAUUGUUGACAGGAGUGAUUGAGACAUUCCUUUACUGGUAUCUUUCUGGCCUGGAGAGUUACAUCACCAUAAUACCAGGCCUUUGUUUACUCGUUUCCUGCUCUGUGGAAACACCUGUCCUGUUUUUAUCAGGAUACAUUAUCAAAAAAGUGAGUCACCUGUGGUGUUUGUAUGGGGUGUUUGCAGCCUAUGCAUUACGUUUCUUUCUCUACUCGGUGUUGAGCAAUGCCUGGUUUGUACUGCCUAUAGAGGUGUUGCACUCCAUCACCUUUGGUCUAAUGUGGGCCACCUCCACCUCCUAUGCUAGCAUCAUCUCCCCACCAGGAAUGUCUGCCACCAUACAGGGAAUCAUUGGCGGAUUACACUUUGGAUUUGGUAAGGGUAUAGGCAGCAUUGUGACAGGAUUUCUGUUGAAGCCGCUGGGAUUUGUGUGGACAUUUCGUCUGUUCAGCUUCCUCUCUCUUGGCUUUCUCAUACUCUACAUCUUUAUCAACCAACUGGGCCUGAAACACAGUACACUUGACCAGAAGAAAGACUCCGAAGAAAAUGCAGAAGCUACGAUAUCAAAUGACAGCACUGUAGAUGUCGGCCAAAAUCUGCUUUCUGAUCAGGAGAAACGUGAUAUGGAACCCCUAGCUGUUCAAGAUCAGAGCUGAUGACUUGUCAUCAGAUGUUACAAUUUAGUGGACCACAAAAGUUACCCAUGUGUUUUUUUUUUAAUUUUUCACAAGGUCAGGGAUCUUACAUUAUACAUAAAGUGUGGUUUUUGUUGGCCACACUCUAAAUAGUCCAUGAUACAAGCAGUACGACAAUGGUGGAGAUAGCGACAUGUUGAUGGUGUCGUUGAUCAGGUUUAUAAUACCCUAACUACCAAAGUUGAUGAUCUACAGCGAUCUGUCUGUGUUUACAAGUUCCAAACAAGGUCACUACCCUAUAUGCUGCAUUUCUUAUCCAACUGUCAAAAUACACAUAUUCACAAACAUCAUCUCUUCAAUGACUUUGUGUUUCAACCUUUUGCUAUCAAUAGAAAUGAGCAGAAUUUUUGAAUUAGUACGCUACAAGCUUUAUUUUUCUGUCUUAUACAUAUGUGUUUAUAAACAGAACUUGUUGAGUUCACAUUCAACUUUUUAUAAUCC